AAGGUUAUCAUUGUUGGGCUGGAUAAUGCAGGGAAAACUACCAUCCUUUACCAAUUUUCUAUGAAUGAAGUUGUACAUACAUCCCCUACAAUAGGAAGUAAUGUAGAAGAAAUAGUGAUUAAUAAUACACGAUUUCUAAUGUGGGAUAUUGGUGGCCAAGAAUCUCUUCGUUCUUCCUGGAACACUUACUAUACUAACACAGAGUUUGUAAUAGUUGUUGUGGACAGUACAGACAGAGAAAGGAUUUCUGUAACUAGAGAAGAACUCUAUAAGAUGUUAGCCCAUGAGGAUCUAAGGAAAGCCGGACUGCUGAUUUUUGCUAAUAAACAAGAUGUUAAAGAAUGCAUGACUGUAGCAGAAAUCUCCCAGUUUUUGAAACUAACUUCUAUUAAAGAUCACCAGUGGCAUAUCCAAGCAUGCUGUGCUCUUACUGGCGAGGGAUUAUGCCAAGGACUUGAAUGGAUGAUGUCACGACUUAAGAUUAGAUGAUCUCUACUGACCUUCUCAUAGACUUUGUAUAAAUGAAGUGCUGGACUUUACCUGAAAGCUGCAAAAAUUAAUGGUUCAGAUAUAUUUAUAGUAAACUGAUUUAAACUUUUUCUAUAAGGAGAAAAAUUAAGACCACUUAUUUGAAAAUGAAGAUGAAGCCUCACCUUCCAAUUGCUUUCUCAUUAGUUUCUUCCAAAGCAAGGUCUUAAAGCUGUGAUUGACAUUUUCCUCAUAACAAAUCCUCUCAGGACAUUGUGUAGCCUGUGGUAAGUACAAAGGGAGAGGAAGACAUUUUUAAAAACUUUAAGAGCUUUAUUAUCAGUAUAACCCUCCUUCAUUGAAUGUUCUCUUUUUGUUCCAUUAAGUCAAAAUACAAAUUAGCACAGAUACUCAGUUUCCAAUAUUUUAAAAUGUAAUGUUACUUGUGAAAAGUAUUUUGCAUAAAGUUGUGUAUGUAUUGUGUAUACACCUCAACUUCAAGUUAAUGGUUUUGAUUUAUGUUCUAAAGAAAAGUAACAAAUUAAUAAUAUUCUUUUGUGAUAAUGAGAUGAGUACCGACAUUGGUUUAAGUGCCAAUUUGUACUUCCCCCCUAUGUUCUCUGUAUUGUACUAACCAACACCCAAAAUCAUUGAGCUGCUCUUUAAAAAAAAGAAAAAUGUUUGACAUUGUGUACCUAUUUUGUUGUUACUCAAAUCAUAUACAUAGAAACGUAAUCCAAUGAGAGGAGUAUCUAUCAAAUUCUUGGCUUGGUAUUACUAGUGAGCACAGUUGCACAUUGAGCAGGUAUCAGAUUGUUCCCCUUAUUAGACCUUAUGCCAUCUAAAUUACUGAGUAAAUUGUUAGUUCAUUAUUCAAUUAUUAACUGUGAUUAAAAUUACCAAUUGAUUUUUCAGCAUUAAUUGAAAACUGUUGUGUGAAAUGUCUACCCAAAGAAGUGUCAUCUUAUAAAUAUUAUCAAAUAAUUUAGCUAGAUCCUUUUUAAGUAGUAAAUUAUAUGUCAAGCAUUUAAAGUGAAUUUGAAAUGAAAAGUAAAACAUAUUCUCCAAGCAACAAAGAUAAUUUAUUAAUUUGAACAUUUUUUCAUUCUUAACUUUUGAAAUAGUUCGAGAUUUUUCAUUUCUGUGUUUUCUUUAUCUUCUUACACUUCAUGAAUGUAUUGUUUUGACAAUUAUAAAAUACACUUUUUUUUUUUAAUGCUUUGAAGAAUUUGGUUUAAAAAUUGAUCGACAUAAUGUAUUAUUUUUACUAAGAAGUAACUUGGCCCUGAGUACUUUCUAUAAUUAUUAUUAUUUUUUCAUAAUCUGAAAGUCAAAAGUAUUUCUGUUGUAAUUGUAAACACUUACUGAACUAAAUGUGUUAAAACAUACUCUUGGGUACUCAGUCCCUGAAAAUCUGAAUGCUGAUCCAAACUGGCAUGUUUUAGAAUAUUCAAGAAAAAGUAAUUACUUUUAAUACCAGCCUUUUAGAUUUCAUGAAGAUUUUGAUGAGAAAUAAUAGUAUAUACUAUAAGAAUUGACAAAAUUUUGAAAGUUGCUUUCUACAAAAUUAAAAUACUCAAUAUCUAAGUCCAAAUUGGGCAUGGGAGAUGAUCAGUGUUUAACAUGGGAUGUUUUGUGUUUUAUAUUUAUAUUAUAAUGUUCAAAAUGCAAGUAUAUCAUUUUAUUAUUUGUCAACUUUUACAAAAGUAAAUUCUAAAUUACUAAGCUUUAUUUGUUCAUAUGUUCUCGUACUUUUUUCAAAUCACUGUAAGGAAUUACUUGUUAUAUAUUAAAAACUCCCUUAAAAACCCAAAUCUAGGUAUUACAGUUUCACCAGAGAAAAAUAUUCUAUACAGUAGCCCAGAAAAUCCAUACCUUUUAUUCUUUUUAUUUUUAAUUUGAGUAAUCAAAGUUCAGUCUCUUGGAUUGCUGCCACAUCAGUUCAACAAUGUACCAGCACAUUCCCUUGUCAUCAAGGUGUGGGCCAAAAUUUAUUCUAAUUGGAUGUUUAAAGCGUACACUACAUUGCUGCAGUUGCUUUAGUGUAGUCGAUUAUUGACAUGGCAUCAUGAGAAUGCAUGAAAUCUUAUACCACAUUUGCAAACAUGCUUUUUUUUUUCUUCAUUUUUAUUCUACCAUUCUAGGCCUGUGCAUAAAACCAAAAUUAAAAUGGGAAAAAUAAUUUAAAUUCAUGUAUCAAAAUCAUUUUAACAGUAUUAUUUCCAAAUAAGAUGGAGAGCGUAUUGGCAAUCUAUAUGUUGUUUAAGUGUAAUUAAGCAAAAGACAGUGCUUCCGGCUUUUUAACAUGAUACUCUUAGAUGUAAACAAACAUUUUAUUUUGGAUCAUUAUGCUCAGCUUUGGAAAGGACAAAGCCUCAUAUCUCUGUACAUGUGGCUGGAUUUAAAUAUCCCAUGUUUGAUAACUAAUUUUGAAAGUCGUAUGACCUAUCUUGAUAUCUUGGUAAAAGUAGCUAUAUGGUAUAAGCAUUUAAAUAUGUUGAAUUUUACCAUAACAUUUAUAAAGUAUAUCUUACACAGUAUAUUGAGUUGUUGUUUAAAAUUUUCAGUUCUCUUUAUCUUAGGCUUUCGUGGUGGGCAAAGAAUACAAUGAAGGCAGGUAGUUUGGGGGCCGGAGGAAGUGGGUAGGGAUUAUGACAUUUUGCCUUAAGAAUAAAAAAGUGCUUUAGCACUGCUGACUGGCAUUUUUAAUGCAGGUAGUUAAAGGGAUUUUUAGAAGUGUGGCAUACCAUAGAGGAGUUUCUGUUUUCUGGCCUUUAAGAAGUGCCUUGUAGGUAGUUACAGUGAGGUCACAGAGAAGGGCACGGUGGUUGAGGAAAGUCAGAAAGUCCCUGAGAUACUCUUUCUUUUUCUGUCUGUAUAGUAUCAAGAUGCCUAGAAGUGGGAUUCUAUUAUGCCCUCUUUUACAGGCACUUUACAUUUAUUGCUGUGACUACAGCAACCACAUACAGUACAGACAACCUCAAAAUCUGCUUAUAUUAGUGUAAAUAGAAAAACCAGAUAAUUUUCUAGUUUUCUCUGCAGGCAUUUUUGGGACUGUAUCUGUAGUGUGUUCUAUGUACACAGGGAAUAGCAGCACAUCCCAGAUUGUCUGUGGACUUUGGGGUGAUCGUCUCUCAGUGGCCCAGUUGUAUCUUGGCAUUGAUCCAUCUUUACGGCCGGGUAGAAGACAAGGUUUCUUUGCAUAACUUAACUUUGACCCCUUCCACUGUCUAAAUAUAAUCUGGAACUUCUUGCUUCAGGAUCAGCUUUCCCAUAACUCGGCCAUCCCUUGCUCUCCUGAAUCUUUAUUCACCAACAAUGAAGAUAUAGACCUCUGUGCUGGAGGUAUUCUAAACUUUGCCUGUAUCCAGUGUUCCCCAAACCAUGAGUUUCUAAGCAGGUUCUCUAGUUCUUUGCUAUCCUCUCACCACUGGCUUGAUUCAUUGGUAUACUUUGCUCAUUAGAGAGUAUUGUCAGAGUUGUUGAGUACAUCAGAAGACUGGCUUGUUGUGUACAUAGCAUACAAAUGCCAUAGUAGAGUUUUUAAAAUUAUACUGCAUUUAACAUUUUAAUGCUUCUUAAUUUUAGCUUCACACGCUGAAAAGUAGAUUCAGAAAGAUAAGAGGACUAUCUAGACUCUUCCAGCUCCUUGAGAUAAAAAGUUACAGAAAGAAUUACAUGAUAAUAGUAUUACCUUCCCAUUACCAGAAAUGGGUUACAUUUUGGAGAGUACCAGUGCAAAUAAUUUUAGUUGGGAAAAGAUGUCAGACCAAAUUUACAUACGGUGUUUAACCUGAAGACAUCUUUACAUCCAUAAAACCAUAAACCACAUUUUGGUUUUUUUCCUUUUGUUUACUUAAAGAGAAAAGCUAAACAUUUGCUGUCUAAAGGAAUUAGUAAUGAGAAGUCUAUCUUUACAAAAUAAAGCUGUUGAAGUGGGCUUUAAAGGAUGUAAAAAUCAUCUGCUGUCCUGUGUUAACUCCGUAGAUGAAGACAUAAUAUUGAAAAUACUUCUUUCAAGUUCCAUUUAUACAAAAAUAAAACUUCGAUAGCAUGCUCCCUCAAAGAAUGUAUGAUAAUUUUAAGAUCAUGACGGAGUAAAGGAAAGAAAGACAGAAUUUAAAAACUUUGGGUGCUAAAAAGUAAUUGCUUUUAUUAAGCCCUAAAAUUGUAUGUGGAAUUGUAAAGAAAUUGUACCAGGAUAUAGUUGGGUUAAUUUUGCAAUCCACUUCUCUAGCCCUGUAUAUUCUAAGAACUAAAGCUUCAACCUUUAUGGUCUCGCCUGCUAGAUAGUUCUUUGGUAGAAAAUCCCCAUAGUCUGUACUCAAAAAGUGCCUAAAAUUGAUUUGUGUUGAUUUGUAAGUCUGCUAAUAAAUUAUGUGUGUGUGCUUGGCUUACUGAUGACACAGCCCUGAGGGUUUCUAAAUCUCAAUUUUUGCUUUAUUUGAGUAAAAAGCCUUGAAAUUAAAAAUACCCAUUAUAACCCUCAACAAACCAGUUGAAGGAAACAUGAGUGAAACUAUUUUUUCUCUUUCCUAAUACAAAUACUUUGUGACUCUAAUGUUAGUUAAUGCAGGGACUAGAAAACUGAAUUCUAUUUCUGUUUUUAAAAAUAGUUUUAACACACAGAACAUUAUAUUGUGUGUUGUAAAACCUUAGUAAAAGGGGGUUGCUUGUGUAACAGUCUCUUCUCAUAUUUACUGGUUAGCAAUUUUGAAUCAUACAUGUCAUUUAGCUCUUGAGCCAUUUUCUUUGUGCACACCAAAAUCCUUCCUCUUUGUUUAGGUUCUACUUAGAAACCAAAAUAUCUGAUAGAACCCUUUUGUUUUUCAUACAUUGUUUCUUUUUUUUUUUUAACCAUUGAGUAUGACUUUAAAGUCUAGGGGCAAAGACUUGACUAUUUGCAGUGAGUUACAAUUACAUUGUGUUCAUAUUUUAAAUCAUCCUGCAUGAAAAAUGAAAUGUGCAUAUGAUUUUAACUUAUUGUAAUGUAUACCCUUCCCGAGAACUUUUUACAUUGAUGAUAUACAGAAUUCCUCUAAUUAUUUUUGCUUGAAACUAGUUCUUUAGAUUCAAAUAGCCUUUUCUUAACAUUAUGUCCCUCUCUGGUUCCUUGAGUUCAGGUGAUACCUGCAGAGCACUUUUAAAGAUAUUUUCUGGGUUAAUGUUCAACAUGACACAUCGAGGAGGAAGCUAUAACUUUUUCUAGUGAGGACUCUUUUUGGCAAUAUGUAUACUGAUUUUAAUUUGUGCUUAAAAUACAUUUUACUAAUUAUAUUGAUUUUAAAUAUGACACAUUCUUGUAGAUACUAAUCUUCCUUGCUUAUUGUAUUUUCCUGGUGAUCCUAGAUGAAAAUGUGUUCCAACUAGUCUCUUGUAUAACUUCCCCUCCCUAGUUGAGCUCAAUGUAUAUUGACAUCAUUGAAGCUGCAUUUAAUGCAACAAACUAGAGAACCUUUUGAAAAUUUUUAGGUUUGUUGUAUUGGAAUGUCUGGUAUGAUAAAAGGUUUUCAUUCAAGCUUUAUAAGCAAGAAGAUGCUGAAAAUUUGUCUUAUCAUUUUAUGAACUUGUGUUUCCCUGCAUCCUACAAAGAUUUUACACCCAAGGAAAUGUGCAGAAAGUGAUGAUCUUAGAGCACUUGUGUGCUGUCAUGUUUCAUCAGUGCAGAUGUGAUGGGUACCUAGGGAGAUAAUGCUUCAGGGCCUUCUUGAUAAGACAACUUUAUGGAUGGUUGUGGAUAUUUAUGUUUGUGCUCAGGUUGGAAGGGAGUGGCAGAUUGGAGUAGGGACCUCUCCAUUGGUAAAGCAGUACAAUCAGUUCUUUGCAAGUGUCGUACUUCAUUAUACUUGUAACAACAUUCUUGUGUCCAUACUUAACUGAAAUGUUGAGCUACAGAAAUGUAAGGCAUUGGGUCACGUAACUGGUAGUAGGACAUUGUUUAUAAUGAAAUAAAGGAAUCAUGUCAAGAUGUGUUUGGGGGGAAAUGACAAAUAAGGUUUUCCUGGUGAAUUUUUAUGUUUAAUAUGUACAUUAACUUUUUUUAAAGUUGCAUGUUAAGCUGGGAUAAAGUAUUGUCUCUGCUUUAUGUUUUACUGAGUAAAAAGAAAAAAGAUUUGAGUUAAAUUGUUACUCUGUUAUGUACUAUUACAUAUACCUUUUCUUUUAGAAAGGGCUAAUUAUAAUUACUCUUCAAACAUUGGUGUUGUCAGUGUUUUUGUUCUGAUUUAUUCUCUGGAUGUGUGCAGACUUGGCAAUGGUAGUUCUAUGAACUGUUCAGGGCUGGGAUCAGCCAGGGCAAUUGGAAAGGUGUCACGGUGGCAUUAUGCAAGUACAAAAAAGAUUAUCCUGAUCUUCUCUAGGGACCUUUUAGGGAACUUAGUCAAUUAAUAGAGAGCAUCCUGCCUUUUACUUCCGGAAAUUUGAAUUAGACGUUGAACCUGCUAUAUAGUGACCAGUUUGUGUGAUUUAUUUGUCUUAAAAUGUGAGAAAAGUCGAGUCAUUUAAAAUGAAUAUUAUUAAAGUGAACAUUCAUAAGAAUGGUUAAUAGUAGACAGAAGAAAAAUAAGGAAAAAAGGUUGGGGGAGAAGAGUCACCCAUAUGCAUAUGCUUAUUAUAUUGGUCUUUUCCACUAGGACGUAAGCUCCGGAUGCCAGUGACCAUAAGUGUUGUAUUUACCAGUUUGUAUCUCUCAGUGCUGAGCACAGCACCUAGUAUGUAACAGGUGUUCAAUUUAUAUGUUUUGACAAAUGAGUGAACUAUUAAUAUUUUUGUGGAGGUUUUUUUCCCCAUGGAUAGGUUUUUCUUUUCUAAUCUCAAUUCUUACUUAAUUCUGCCUAAUAUUAAGAGAGAUUCAAGGUGAUUUAUAUGUUUUUUUCACUAGUUCUUACAGUAGAAAUCAGAUGUAUUUCCUUGAAAAUGGCCUAAAAGCAUCAUGCAUUACAAAUAAAUAUGUGCAAAUUUCACUUCUUUGAGUUCUGUAUGUAUCUGCAUCUGGGAAUGCCAGGAAUGUACCAGACUUUAUUGUAAGCAUAUGCAGACGUUGAAAUAGUAAGUGGUACAAAGAGCUCUUUUGGGGAAAGAUCUGUGUCGUCGUCUUCUUGAUCCUUUAUGCUCUUCUUUUUUUAAGUUUUCAUGACAGAAAUAUCCUCCUUUUGCUAGUUAACUUUUGUCCCGUGAAAGGAAUGAGAUUUUUACAGCAUAAAAUAGCCUCUGGUAGUCCUUCUGAAUGUGUUCCUUCUGAUUGGCACCAACCUUUUGAGACACCAUGAGUUGGGCUGAGUGGCCAGUCAGUCGCAUCACUACAUGCCUUACAUUCUAGCAAAACUGGUCUGUAUCAAAGUGGCUGAGAUCUUUUCGAAAUACUUCCAGUGUUUGGAUGCUUCUAGUAUAUUAGACACCCCCUCUCCCCCCAAAUAAUAUUCUCCCAUAUCUCCAUUAUAUUUUUGUACAGUCUCUGACUUACAGUGUUUUGACUUUAAAGCAGUACACAUUCAGUAGAAACUGGCUGGGCUAAGCUGUGGUGUUGGGUAGGUUAGGUGUAUAAAAUGCAUUUUUGACUAACAAUAUUUUUGAUAUACAAUGGGUUUAUCAGGACCUAAACCCAUCAUAAGUCAUGGAACAUCGUGAUGGACAUCUUUCACUGGAAGCUUUUUUCAUAGUUAGGAGUAUUUCUUUUGGCUGGAAUCCCAGAGCUAACUGACUGGAUGAAAUGGUAUGGAAUUUGAGAAUGCCUGUUAUUCCAUGUUUCGUUAAUAUUAUGUUCAUUAAUAUUACCCUUUAAUAAAAGGAUAAGCAUGUUGUCUUAUUUUACACUUAGUUGGACUAUUUUUCUAUGUUUCAUUUUCUUCUUAAUUAUUCUUUUACUUCAUUCACUUAUUAUUAGAAUUCUAGUGUUUUUCUUGUGAAUGAAUUAAGCUUUUUAAAUAGUAAAUAUCCUUAGCCCUUGAUGAUAUUCUUGUAGACUUUGUAGAGUUCCUGGUUUGCCCUUUAAUUUUUAUAAUUAAUUUUUUAGCAUAGACAAGUUUUUAUUAAUGUAAAAAAAAAUCACAUAAGAAAUAUGUGAUUUCUUUGAGUGAAAACCAUGAAAGAAACGUAACUAAUCAGCAAAAAGAAAAUUAAAAUUGUUCGUUGUCCCACCAUUCUAAGAAAACCAGUAUCAACACUUUGGGAGGGAUAUAUAUGAGUCAGUGUUUGAAUGUAGAAUUCUAAAAAGCCCUGUCAUUUACCACAAUAUACUACACAUUUGCUGUUUGGACUGCUAUAAUUUAUUUAACUAGUCUUCUGUUGAUGUCCACUGUUGUUCCUUGUUUCUCACCAUUAAAAACAAGACUGCAAUUAGUA